AUGACGCUCGACGCAGCUUUGUUCACGCUUCAAUUUGUUCGAAGAACUAACGAACCAUGGGUGGUCGAUAUCUAUCCCGUAUCAGCUGCGUCUAGCUCCAGCGUCGCCCCUCCCGUGCCAUCGAAGGACACCGCAAGCCCUUCUAAGCCCACCGCUUUCACCGGCACUAUCCCCGACGUUGCUGCCCAACGUGCACUUGCUCUAGAAUCAAACGAUUUCUCGAAACAAACGCCCAGCUAUACCAGAGUGCGAGCUACCAACCAGUCCCAGUACAACACUAUCCUGCUCGACGGUCUCGUGAACGACUGCCUCCUCGCGUCGGUCUCCCAUCCCUAUACACUAAGCACCAAGAAGAAGCAAAUCAUCCUUUACAAUCCGGACGGCCAAGUCGAUCUUGAAAAGCGUAGUAUGACUUUCCAGCAAGCUUGGCGUUUCCACUUUGGAGAUGCUACGUCACAGACCGCGGAAGAGUUUUCGUGGAAGCGUGAAGGCGGGCCAUCAAGAGCUUCUUCCACCCAGUCAGCAUACGUGUGCGAGGUCAUUCGCAAGCCGGAUCCUAGCGUACUAGCUGCACAGUAUCGCCCACCUGCAUCAAAGGGCAAGCCUGGUACACUGCAACUCAUGGACUACAACAUCAAUCGCCUCGAAGUGCAAGAUAAGAAAGGUUUGGAGGUCGCUCUAGUCAUGACGCUCAGCGCACUGCUGGAUCAAGAGUACGACGAAAAAAUCGCAUCUCGGGGAGAACGUAACAUCUAUACAUGUACCAGUGGCAUUCCCACAGAUCUCAGCACACAGCCUUUCGCGUUGGCCUGGCAGGAGGCGGAAUCGCGGCAUCAGGCCAGUUCGGUAAGGCUUGGUCGUGUUGCGUCUUCGAGUUCGGCUACAUCACCAAGCGUGAGUACGGUGAAUCGACCUGCGCGCCAUGAAAGCGAUUCUUCCGAUAUCGAUGCUGCCACAGCCGAUCGAAUCGCAAACCUGGAACCCAACGAAGUGCUUGUCUCGAAAUGGGGAUCCGUCGACGAGUACGUUCAGCAUGCCAUCCAGCUGCUCAGGUCAGACGGCCAGGGGCAAUCCAUGUAUCUCAUCUCGCUUCUAUCCGACUCGGCCGAGACUACACCAAAAGUGGUCCAAGUGGCUGCAAGCAUCAAAGCGGCCUAUUAUCGUCUCCCCGAUGAUGCCAAAGGCACCGUCUAUGGUCGAUCAGGCGUGACUUCAGGGAUUGAAGACGAGCUUUACCAGUAUGUCCAAACGCUCGAUGAUGAGCCACAGCCUCCUGCUUCAUCGCCUGCGGAUGCAACACCGAAAAGGAGGAUCAUCAAGCUGGACCCUCCCACUGCCGACGCGGCCUACUCAAGUGCUGCGGCUCGCAGCCCUGGUCCACGCCCAUCUUCAGCCGGCUAUAAGCCGCCAAGCAAACUCAAGAUUAUUCUGUCCAAGGAGAGGAUUGGCGAGCUUGAGCCUAAAAAGCAGAAUGACACGCACUUGACUAUGGCGAGCGCGGCCCAAGGUAGAUUAACUGUCUCGACAAAACCCAAGCUGCCCAGUCGACCAGUGUCGCCAUUGCCGCAGCAAGAAUCAGCACAACUACACCAGGCAGGAUCGUCGGACAACACUGCAUCGCAGCAAGACAAGAUAGGCAAAGGAAAAGCUUUACUGUCGAAGCUCGGCAUGCAUCAUUGA